AUGGAAGUCGAACGAACACUGAAUCCGACUUGCACUGGCACCUCAGUCUGUGCGUUAGCAUAUGAGGGAGGUGUUGCAGUGAUGUCCGAUCGUCUUGUUUCGUACGGCAAAACGGCUCGCUAUCGGCAUGUUACACGUCAGUAUCGCGUGAACAAUCAUACGAUCGUGGCAUUCGGCGGUGAUCAUGCCGAUUUUCAAUGGUUACAAAAUGUCAUCGAAAGACAGACAUGUGAGCUAAAAUCGCACGAUCCGGAAGCUGAUCUAAGCCCAAAAAUGCUGCAUGGCUUUCUCACAUCGCUACUUUACUAUCGUCGCACUCGAAUGAAUCCAGUUUGGAACACGCUGAUUGUUGCUGGAAUGCAGAAACAAAAAGAACAAUUGGAACCGUUUAUUGGUGUUAUUACUGCAAGGGGUGUAGCAUAUCAAGCAAAAAGUGUUGCGACCGGUUUCGGUGCCAUGCUGUUGAAUCAGGUCAUCGAAACAGAACAGCGCAAAGGAGAUGGUAAACUCACCAAAGAACAGGCCGUGGAAAUCAUGCGCAAGAGCUUGGAGCUAUCAAUUUAUCACGAUUGUUUGGCUGACAACGAAUUCGAGAUCUCGACGAUCGAUAAAGAUGGCGUGAAGCUAGGAAAACCAGAGGUAAUUGCUGGCAACUGGGAUAUUGCUGAAUACAACUGUGAUUAUCAGUGA